AUGGCUACACGAACCGGGGCCGGGGCCGGGGCCGACCGGCCCAAGAAACAAAUCAUGCUCAACGCCUUUGACAUGUUCACGCCUAGCCACCUUUCAUUUGGCCAGUGGCGCCAGCCUGGCUCUCGUGCCAAGGACAAACGGCGAGAUUUGUCCUACUGGACCGAUUUAGCCAAGCUCCUUGAAAAGGGCGGCUUCACCUCGCUCUUCUUGGCCGACUCGUACGGCUUGUAUGAUGUUUACAAGGGCAGCGAGGCCGAAUCUAUCAAAAAUGCAGCUCAGUUCCCUAUUGCGGACCCUACAAUUCCCAUAUCGGCCAUGGCCGCCGUCACGAACAACCUAAACUUUGCCAUCACAACCUCAACUUCGUACGAGAAGGCGUACGUCGUUGCAAAGCGUUUCAGUACUCUGGACCACCUGACUAAUGGUCGCUUUGGCUGGAACAUUGUCACCAGCUGGAAGGAGAGCGCGUCCAAGGCUGUUGGCCUCCCACUCGUUGAUCACGACAAACGGUACGAUGACGCUGAUGAAUACAUCCGACUUCUUUACAAGCUCUGGGAGGGCUCAUGGGCCGAUGACGCUCUUAAAGAAGACAUCGAGUCUGGAGUCUAUACCGAUAACACAAAAGUACGACGAAUUGUCCACCGUGGCAUUCAUCAGACCGACGCCCCGUUCAUCGUUGAUCCCUCCCCCCAACGAACACCUGUCUUGUUCCAAGCGGGCACCUCCCCCGCUGGCGUCAAGUUCGGCUCAACGCACGGAGAGGGCAUUUUCGUCGGGGGCUUCUCGCCACACAUUAUUGCGCCCCGUGUCAAGGCCUUGCGCGAGAGUGCAGCAGCCGCCGGCCGCGACCCAGCCUCGAUAAAAGUAUUCGCCGAGAUCUCGCCCUUCCUCGGGCGAACAGAGGAGGAGGCUCGGGACAAGUACGACAAGGCACUCGAAUACGGCCUCGUCGACGGCGGCUUGGCCAUGGCCAGUGCUUCGUACGGUUUCGACCUCAGCAAGUUUGACCCGGACCACGAGCUGCAGCCGGAGGACAUCACCAACAUAAACCGUGUGCGAUCGCAGCUCCACAACUUGCAGUAUCGCGGCGACGAUGUCCCGAAACUCACGCCGCGCAACUUGGGAAUCUUGGCCGCUGUGGGCGGAAGUUUCAGCCCAACGCCGGUGGGCACGGCCGAACAGGUUGCUGACGUUAUCGAGAAGUGGGUUGAGGUGGCAGAUGUCGAUGGCUUCAACAUUGGCCACAUCGUCACGCCUCAGAGCUACAUCGAUGUAGUAGAAUUGCUGAUCCCUGAGCUGAGAAGGAGGGGCAUCUUCCCGCAGCAAGAAGAGGCAUCCGAGCCACUGACAUUCAGGGAGAGAAUUUACGGUAAAGGACAGAGAGGGCUGCGAUCAGAUCACCCUGGUUACAGGUAUCGAUACGACAACUAUGAGACGGCGAUCAAAGAGGAUAGGGAAAAGGCGGCCGCUGUGGCUUUAGCCUCCGGUGGCGGUUCUGCAACCACGAGUUAG